AGAAGAAGUGGGGGAAAGAUCGCUCUGAGAUCAGCGUUGUUGAGUUGAAUGGCGGAAUUCGUAGAUCUGGAAUCGCAAGACGGCGUGCGAAUGCCAUGGAACGUGAUCCCAGGCACAAAGCAAGACUCGCUAAACGCCGUCGUUCCGAUAUCUGCCAUAUACACUCCAAUCAAACACUUCCCAUCAAUGCCUCUCCUCCCUUACACGCCUCUCCGCUGCCGCACGUGCCGAUCCAUUCUGAAUCCCUUCUGCAUCGUCGACUUCGCCGCCAAGAUCUGGAUCUGCCCCUUCUGCUUCCAACGCAACCACUUCCCCACUCACUAUGCUUCCAUCUCCGACCAGAACCUCCCCGCAGAACUCUUCCCUCAAUACACUACCGUCGAAUACGACACCGUUAACGACCCUUCCCCUCACGUGCCCCCCGUUUUCCUCUUCGUCGUUGACACUUGCGUCAUCGAGGAGGAAAUCGGCUUCCUCCGCUCCGCGCUUUCCCAAGCCGUUGAGUUGUUGCCUGAGAAUUCCCUCGUUGGACUCGUUACCUUCGGGACUUUCGUGCAUGUUCAUGAAUUAGGGUUUGGAAUUGUUCCCAAGACUUAUGUGUUCAAGGGCUCUAAGGAUAUUUCCAAAGACCAGCUUCUCGAGCAGAUGAGUUUUUUCGCCAAGAAGCCCCGGCCUGCGGUCGGCGUUGUUGCCGGCGCCAGGGACGGCCUCUCCUCGGAGAGUAUUUCGCGUUUUCUGGUGCCAGCGUCCGAGUGCGAGUUUACUCUCAAUUCGGUUUUGGAGGAGAUGCAGAGGGAUCCUUGGACAGUCCCGGCGGAUCAGCGGGCAACAAGGUGUACCAGCACGGCGUUGAGUAUUGCUGCCAGUUUGUUGGGGGCGUGUGUGCCGGGUUCUGCUGCGAGAAUAAUGGCAUUUAUUGGGGGACCUGCGACAGAAGGACCUGCUCCGAUUGUAUCCAAACAACUUUCUGAACCAAUUCGCUCCCACAAGGAUCUGGAUAAAGAUUCUGUACUAUAUUACCAUAAAUGUGUGAAAUUCUAUGAUGGACUUUCGAAGCAGCUUGUCCAUCAAGGUCAUGUAUUAGAUCUCUUUGCUUGCGCUCUUGAUCAGGUUGGUAUUGCUGAACUUAAAACUGCUGUUGAAAGAACUGGGGGCCUUGUUGUACUUGCUGAAAGUUUUGGCCAUUCAGUGUUCAAGGAUUCACUUAAGCGAGUUUUCCAAUCAGGCGAUUAUGAUCUGGGUCUAUCGUCAAAUGGAAUAUUUGAGAUAAACUGCUCUAAGGACUUGAAAGUCCAAGGUAUUAUUGGCCCCUGUGCAUCUCUUGAAAAGAAAGGCCCAUUAUGCUCAGAUGUAGUUAUUGGGCAAGGUGGUACAAGUGCAUGGAAGAUGUGUGGUCUUGAUAAAUCCACAUCAUUGUGUCUAUUUUUUGACAUUGUGAGGAAAGAAAGUCCUGAUGCUACAAUGCAGUCCACAAGCAAUCAAUUUUACUUCCAAUUCUUGACCUAUUAUCAGAAUAACAGUGGGCAAAUGAGAUUACGGGUUACAACUCUUUCUCGUAGAUGGGUUGCUGGACCAGGAAGCAUACAGGACUUGAUUGCUGGAUUUGACCAAGAAGCAGCUGCUAUAGUCAUGGCGCGCCAAGUCUCUUUCAAAAUGGAAACAGAGGCUGAAUUUGAUCCUAUCAGAUGGUUGGACAAAGCAUUGAUAAAUUUGUGUUCCCGGUUUGGAGACUUCCAGAAAGAUAGUCCAUCUUCUUUCAGUUUGUCUCCCAGGUUGUCAAUAUUCCCACAAUUUAUGUUUCAUUUACGACGCUCUCAAUUUGUUCAGGUCUUUAACAACAGCCCAGAUGAGACUGCUUACUUUAGAAUGAUACUGAACCGGGAAAAUGUUGCUAAUUCUGUUGUCAUGGUUCAGCCUUCAUUGAUUUCUUAUUCAUUCCAUUCUGGUCCCGAACCAGCUCUUCUUGAUGUUGCAGCCAUUGCAGCUGACAGGAUCCUGCUUUUGGAUUCAUUUUUCACUGUUGUUAUUUUUCAUGGUUCAACCAUUGCUCAAUGGAGGAAGGCUGGAUAUCAUAAUGAACCAGAACAUCAGGCAUUCGCUCAAUUGCUAAAAGCUCCACAUGACGAUUCAGAUUUAAUAAUGAAGGAGAGAUUUCCUGUGCCUCGACUUGUUGUCUGUGAUCAGUAUGGCUCUCAGGCACGGUUUCUACUAGCAAAGUUAAAUCCUUCUGCUACUUACAAUACUGAAACUUCACAUCCCGGGGGGGAUAUUAUCUUUACGGAUGAUGUUAGCUUUGAGGUCUUCCUUGAUCAUUUACAGAGAUUAGUUGUUCAAUAAAAUUAUGUGGUAUGUGACUUUGUAAAAUUUUUCUUUGAGUGCUACUUGUACAUUAAUUUCAUUUUAGUAUGCUCUUAUAAUUUCCAAUUUUGUGCAAAAUGUUGUAAUUAUUCGGAAUCAUGCACUCAAGUCAAUGGCAUGAAUAUUAAAUCUAUUUGCUCAACUCAGAUUUAAAAAUUUCGCUGGAAUUAUUUUGGUAC